UCUGGGUCAAACCCACCACCCCCCUCACCCGCACUCAAAACUGGCGAUCCAAACACACACACACAGAGGGUGAGAGCCAGCCAGCCAUGGACUUCACCCCACCAUCAAACCCUAUACAACAACCCAGCCCCAUCUCGUCAAUCCCUUCUUCUGCUAAGCUUCCAAUUAAGCGCAAAACCCCUGCUUCUAAUCUAAUCCUUGCACCGCCCAAACUCGAAUCCACCACCCAUUUCGCCGAUGAUGACGAUGCCAGACACCCUCCUUUCAAAUUUCAUCGGAUUUGGACCGAGCCGGACGAGAUCCGUUUCCUCCAGGGCCUUCUCGAUUGUUCUUCUCAAGGAUUGUCGUUUCCUCGAGAUCUUGGAAUGUACUAUGCUCGAUUUUCACAUGGUAUGUCGCAGCCCUACACCAAAUCUCAGCUCUCCGAGAAGCUCCGUCGUCUCCGGAAGAAGUUUCGGGUGAUUUCGUCGCGGCUAUCUAAGGGGCUUGAUAAGGCGCUGCUUUCGCCUCAGGAUCGUGCGUUGUAUGAUCUUUCCAAGCAACUUUGGGAGCCAGACCUAGAUCGUCCGUCUUCGCCGUCUGCCGUUACCAAUUUCAAUUCUAAUCCGAACAACAAUUAUAGAUAUAACUCGAACUUGGUUGGGGUUAAGCCUAGUUACUCGCAGACGUUGCCGUCUUCUUCGAUGGCUGUAUUAGCUUUGCCAUCUGUGAUUAAGAAAACCAAUACUCGCGAUAAUGGUAACAAAGGUAACAACCAUGGUGGUGGUGGUGGUGAUGAUAGAAAAGGAGAUUUCAAUGGUGAUAUGAAGCUUAGUGAUAUGAAUGCUGAAAUGGAGCGAAAUCCCCAAGUUGUGCGAAACGAAGUGAGGGUAAAAAGCGGUAACGAAGCGAGGGUAAAGAGCGGUGGUGAUACAAGUAGUGGGGUUGUGCAUUUUGCGACCAAGACUCUGGCUGAUGUGCUUGAUCAGUCGUUAAAGGAGAUUAGAAUGAUGAUUGAUCUUCAAGGACAUUCAAAGCUGGAGAAAGAUAUGAGUUUUGAGAAGCGUUGGAGGGAUCAACAUAUUGCAGAAUUCGAUGCAUUCGCCAAACGUUUGAAGUUAAUUGUGGAACAUUCCUCAGUGGUUAGUAAAUAAAUCUUUGUAUAUCAAAAUUGGCAUAUAACUACUCUUUAUAUGUAGAAAUCUUCAGUUGGUCUUCUUAUGAUCAUUUGGGUUUAUGUUUACUUUGGUUCCCUUUUUCUACCUAGACUAUUUUUGUACUUGCAUAGUUUGCAUAAUGGUGAGAGUGUCCAUUUUCACUUCUUUUCCCUGUUUGUAGAUUCACUAAUCAAAUAUACUAUAAUUCGUUAGUUUC